CUUUCAACCGGAAGCUCGAGAACCACGUGGCCAAAUCUAGGGCAACUAGCACAAGGUGUAGUCAGGAUCUUACAAGUAAAAAAAAAAAAAAAAAACCUCGAUUGUUUGACAUAAAAGUAGCACAAGACUAUGGACUGUGCAUGUGAAGAGAUUUCCUAACUCACCUCCGACUUUUACAAUUUAUGUUUACAACCCACUUAUUCUACUUUCAUAGCUUCUGACGGACGGUGCCGCCCGAUGCAUCCCGUCUGUGGCGGUGUAACGGACGUAAGCCCGCCGCAGGUGACGCUGUUGUCCGCACCUUGCUCGAUGAUUCGUUCUUGAGUCAGGACCAGGAAGCGAGUUCUUGCCUUCUGUACGCUAGGCGUUAUCUUACGCGAUGAAAGCGCAAACGACUUGGAAAACAUAACGUUAUUGGUUAUGAUUUGAUAACAGACGACGUGACAUAAGAGCCGAUACACUGAAUUAAAAAAUUAACUCACCUCGUACACUGCUGAGACCGACGUCUAGCUCGCUCUUCAGCCAUUGGCAGGAUUGUCGCUCGCUAACGUUAGCAGUUAGUCACCGUUAGCAGGGUGGUUACUGCCCGGUGAUGGCUGUGGCACAGAGAGGCUGUGUUGUGGCUGGUUAUUUACUCCUACUGCUGCUCGCUGGGUGCAAAGCAAGGAUACACAAGCUCACCCUGACGAAUGAAACUCGGUCUUCCGUCGACCUCAACAACUUUGGUUUCUAUGCUAAUGGGACUCUGGAUGUCAACCUGACUUUUCUGCGCCUCCCAAAUGAACAGCUGGUUAACUACAGCGCCCAGCCGGUCGGUUUCAGCCUCUCCAGGUCACGUGUGAAUGGAGUCUUGUCCUACACAGCAGAGGAGACAUCGACAUGCCCGCUAACUCUGACAGAAACGACCAACGGCGAGCCUCUCAUUCUUUUCCUUAUCAAUAACAACAACCUCAGUGUCACUGUGAAAUCCAUGGGUGAGCAAGACAACCUCUUGACAGCAAAGCCAAAGGCUGAAGCUCCUAAAGGUCAGAGGAAAACCAGGGAGGCUCCUGACGUUAAACCAGAUGAGAAUAAACAAGACAAAAGUGCAGUCAAGCCAGGCGAUAAAUUGAAUCAGGACAAAAUGGACGAGGAGUCUGUGGAUCAGAAGAAAGAGGAUCAGAAAGAACCAAAAGCUCCAGUCGAAGCUAAAAAAGUGGACGAAAAUACUUUCAAUCUGGGGAAGAACAAGCAAUUCACUUUAGCUUUGGACAAAGUUAACGACUACUACAACUUUAGUUUCCACAUGGUGGUGGGCUUGGUGGCGCAGGGUCUGUACAGCCUCAAGUUCCACUACUGUCACAACAAGAUGACUGGAAACAAACUGCCCUACUCAUUCACUGUGGAAGUGAUUGAGGAGAAUCCAGGCGGGUACCUGUCUGCAGCAGAAAUUCCUCUGUCUCGCCUUUACAUUUGCAUGGCUGGAGUCUUCUUCACCGCCGCCAUGGUCUGGGUGUACACACUCAUGAAACACAGGUACAGUGUGUUUAAGAUCCACUGGUUGAUGGCAGCACUGGCCUUCACCAAGUCCACGUCAUUGGUUUUCCAUAGUAUCAACUACCACUUCAUCAACACUGAGGGGCAUCCUAUCGAAGGCUGGGCCGUCAUGUAUUACAUCACUCACCUGCUCAAAGGGGCUCUCCUGUUCAUCACACUGGCACUGAUUGGCACCGGCUGGGCUUUUGUGAAAUACAUCCUGUCUGACAAGGAAAAGAAGAUCUUCAUGAUUGUCAUCCCCCUGCAGGUCCUGGCCAAUGUUGCCUACAUCAUCAUCGAGUCCACAGAGGAAGGCUCCAGUGAAUACUAUCUGUGGAAGGAGAUCCUCUUCCUGGUUGACCUCAUCUGCUGCGGAGCCAUCCUUUUCCCUGUUGUCUGGUCUAUCCGUCAUCUGCAGGAGGCUUCUAGCACUGAUGGCAAAGCUGCCAUGAAUUUGGAGAAACUCAAGCUGUUCCGGCAUUAUUAUGUGAUGAUUGUGUGUUACAUCUACUUUACAAGGAUCAUAGCCAUUCUGCUCAAGGUCACUAUGCCUUUCCAGUGGCAGUGGUGCUAUGAGUUUCUGGUGGAGGUGUCUACUCUGAUCUUUUUUGUGUUGACGGGCUACAAGUUCCGACCAGCGUCCAAUAACCCGUACCUCCAGCUUCCCCAGGACGAGGAGGACGUUGAGAUGGAUGAAGUAGUGACUGAGUCGGGUGCCCUGGAGGGUAUUUCCAAAGUGAAGAAGACGUCCAACGGACGUGAGCGCCAGAAAGAGUCCACCUUGUGAGCAGGAAGCUGCAUCUUCGGGAGGGACCCGCUAAACACCCCCAGGCCAGCGGGUAUAAAGGGGUGCACAUGGACCAAGGCUCCCCACCCACAUUGACGGCUAUCAUUUUCAGACUCUUGUGGUUGCAAGAGUUUCAAAAGGUCGCGCUUCCGGAGAGGAGGCGCGACCACUGUCUGGCUAUGCAAAAAGAGAAAAAAAGGAAAAAAAAAAAAAAAAGUAACUUUGUUGGACCCUCUCCAAUUCUUCAAAACAGUCCACCUAGACUCUGAAAGGCUUCAGGAGGAGACGGGCUCCUGUUAAAUGGAUGUGGUGGAGAUAUGGAAAGGAGCUCUGAUGUUCUUUACGGUUUUCAUCCCCCUCUCUCUCUCUCUCUCUCCCUCUCUCCCUCUGCCUACUCUCCAAAGAUAAUUAUCAUUUUAGAGAAAGACUGUGUUUAUAUCGGCUAUUUAAAACGGAACUUCUGCGAGCCUCUUAGCUGUACCCUUUCGUGCGUGAUGUGAGUACACGUGUGUGAAUGUGAGGCGACGGCAAGAUUUCAAGACAGCUGUUUUUCUUUUCCCCUUCCUUUGGAGACAGUAGCCCGUACUCAGGUAAAAGGCUAACCAGUAUAUGUGAAAAAUUUAGGCAACAAUCGUCACAUAUUGUUCCUCUGUCCCACUAUUCAGUGCGCAGUAAUGUCCCAUCACUAAAUCUACAAUUUCACCACCAACACAAUACAGAAUAUGUUACUUUUUACUUAUAUAUUGAAAUAUAUGUAUGGGUGUGAGAGGUUGUAUAUUUCAAUAUAUUGAUUACUGCAUAUUGAAAUGUUAUAUUUCAGUAUUAUUGUUUAUGUUGGAGACGUUAAGAGUUCCUCCCAGUCCGUCACAUGGACCGCUGCUGUAAUUUAGUGCUUUGGUGGAUUAGGUCAGUUCACAUCUCUGUGAAUUCAGCCCAUAUGGUGGCAUGUAGACCUCUCAGUGAAUAAGCAGGGUUUUGGAUCAGUCUCUCAAAUAACCAGAGCAGUGGCCCUACUUGUAUUCAACGACGGCUUUGUUUUCUGUUUGGGGGGGGGGGGGGGUUGUUUUUGUUUUCCUUUUUGGCCACGCUGUGCCAAUCUGGGAGAAGACGCAACCUAACGGAUCAUUUUUUGAAAUUCAUCUGCUUACGGUUUUACCUUUUUGCUCUUGAUGUGAAAGCUUGUUUUAUUAAUUAUUGAUGACUUUGGUUUAUGACAAGAUCCAGAAACACGUGCAGCCGGGUAGGGUAGAUUGCCAUUUGUAAAUAAUUUACAGAAGACGACUGUUGAUACAAAAGGAGGUACAUAACAUUUUCAUAAGAAUUGCAUAGAAGCUUUAUAGACAGUGUUUCGGACAGUAAUGACACAGGUUCAGUUUCAAUUAGAUUUUUUUGACUCCUUUAAUAAACAGAGGGGAAGAGUUCAUGUGAGGAAUCAAUGAAAGACUACUGAGAUUUAACCACAGACACUCCGACACGGGGAGGAGAGAGCUGCACAGUGUUUACGGUCUGCUGGCGUGUCUCCAGGCCCCGGGUCGCCGGGUCCCUGGGAGGACAAGAGUUAACAGACGGUAAACCAGUAAGUGUGGAAGGUUUUGUGCCUGUUACAGAGAGCUGUCUGUGUGAACUGUCACAAUAAAGCUGGUGUUCUGGAAAGGUC